AUGAAGGCAGUUAUUAUAAAUAAACCUGGGUCAGUAGAAAAUUUUGAAUUCUGUGAUGUAUCGAAACCCCAAAUUAAAGAAGGCUGGUCUUUAAUUAAAAUUCAAGGGUUUGGAAUUAACCAUUCUGAAAUAUUUACAAGACAAGGAAAAUCACCAUCUGUCGAAUUUCCUAGAAUUUUGGGAAUUAAAUGUGUAGGAAUUAUUGACAACACAACAGAUAAUGAACGACUACCUAAUGGUCAGAAGGUUGUCUCUAUAAUGGGAGAAAUGGGUAGAGACUUUGACGGUAGCUAUGCAGAAUACACAUUAAUUCCAAAUGGUCAAAUAUAUCCGAUAGAGUCAAAUUUAAGUUGGGAUAUUUUGGCUACUAUUCCUGAAAGUUAUUAUACUGCGUAUGGAUCUUUCCUAUCCCUCCAAUUACAAGAAGAAGAAGAAGAGAUUUUAGUCAGAGGUGCAACAAGUAGUGUCGGAAUAGCAUUUAUGAAAAUAGUAAAAGGUUUACAUCCAAAAGCUAAGAUCACUGGCACCACAAGAAAUAUAAACAAAGGUCAAAAGUUGUUAAGUGAAGGAUUUGAUGACAUUAUUAUCGACUCAAAUAGCAAAUUAGAAACCACACAUUCAUUUUCCAAAAUUAUCGAUUUGAUCGGCCCAAAAUCUAUAAAAAAUUCAAUUGCAUAUUUGAAGCCAUAUGGGAUCAUUUGCAGCGUUGGACAACUCGGUAACGAAUGGUAUUUGGAUGAGUUUGAUCCUAUAUUUGAAUUGAGAGACUUUAAGAAAUUAACUUCUUUUUUUUCUGGAGAUGUACAUAUCAACUUAUUGAACAAAAUAAUAGAUAUGGUUGAACAAGGUGAAAUAAGUGAUGUAAAACCAGAAAAAAUUUUUAAACUAAAUGAAAUUAAAAAAGCUCAUGAAUAUAUAGAAAAUGAACAAGACAGUUUUGGUAAAGUUAUUGUUAUCAAUGAAUAA